AUGCUGUCCACCGUGCGCCGCCACAGCCUGCGCCUGCAGACCGAGCUCCACCGCUGGAGCAUCUGCGACCCGGGCAGCCACCUGCUCCCGGACAGCUUCCUGCCCCGGGUCCCCGCCUGCGUCUCCCGCUCCAAGUCCUGCACCAGCUCGGCGGGGGAGUCGAACGGCAGCCGCGGGAGCUGGUCCUCCGCGGACUCCAUCCUCUCCACCGACUCCGCCGGGGAGCCGCCGGAGCCCGGGCGGCCGUACCGGGUGGUGCUGCUGGGGGCCGGCGGGGUCGGGAAGACGGCCUUCGCCAGCAUCUUCGCCGGGGCAGCGGACAGCAUGGACAGCGACGACUGCGAGCUGGGUGGAGAUGAAAUGUGUGAAAAGACGAUUGAAGUGGACGGAGAACCUGCAGCUGUAACUCUGCUGGACACGUGGGACACAGAGACUGCCAAUGAACAGGGUCAGGAGUGUCCCACGCAGACAGGUGAUGCCUACCUGUUGCUGUACUCUAUAACCGACCGGGCCUCGUUCCUUCGAGCCUCCGAGCUCCGGAUCACCCUCCGCCGCCUCCGUCCCGCUCAGCACACCCCGAUCAUCCUGGUGGGCAACAAGUGUGACCUUGUGCGACGCAGAGAGGUGUCAGUCAAUGAGGGCCGCACCUGUGCUGCGGUGUUCGACUGCAAGUUCAUCGAAACCUCAGCGGCCAUGCAGCACAACGUCUGGGAGGCCUUCCACGGCAUCGUGCGGCAGCUGCGUCUGCGCCGAGACUCCAAGGAAGCCAACAAGCGUCGGAGGCACAGCGCCUGUAACACGCGCCGCGAGAGCCUCCCGACCAAGGCCAAGCGUCUCCUGGACAAGGUGGUGGCAAAGAACAACCCCAGCGCGGCGUUCAAGCUGAAAUCCAAGUCCUGUCAUGACCUGUCUGUGCUGUAG